CACAUCACUCCAGGCGAUCCCGGGGCGGAGCUGCGCUGUAGAGCUCGUAAUUUGGACGCUUUGGAUACUCGCUUGCAGUAACACAGUCGUGCCAUCUUCGAGGGUUGUUUUUUUUUUUGAGACAGAAGUUCACCUUUUGUGAUUGUUCGCCAUGGGAGCAGAGAGCUCAGCGCAGCGGGACGGGAAGAGCCAGGAGGAUGCCUCCGCUUCAACUUCAGCCUCCGCCGGGGAGCUGAGUGCGGAGGUGCACGCGCUCCAGGUGGGAAGCACCGUCCUUGACAGCAAGCCUUUGGAAAAGAAUGGACAAAUCUCCAGCAUGACCAGUCUGAAUGGACACUCAGAGGACAACUCGCUGGCAGAAGUUGGCCAGCCAGAUGGUGUAGCUCAGAAGGAGGAGGCUUCUGACACUAUGGACACCAUCCAGGGUGACGUGGCUCCUCAAGUGAACAGUGAGAAAGUGGAGAAAGAGUCUCCUGAUGCCAAUGACAUCUCUGCUAUUGAGGAGAAAGCAGCGGAGGAGAAACCUGAUGAUGCCAGUGAAGUGGGCUUCAAGAAGAUCUUCCGCUUUGUGGGCUUUAAGUUCACACUGAAGAAGGACAAAAGUGAGGAGAAAGAUCCUGUGAAGCUCCUGACAGUCAAAGAUAAAGGAGAGAAGGAGGAGGUUAGCGGGACUGAUGAACCUACAAAGGAGGAAGAGGCUGCUGCCACUGUUGAGGAGAAAAGUACAACUGAAGAAAAGGAGGCUGAUGCAGUGGAAUCUACUGCCGAGGCCGAAGUCAGUAAAGAAGACCAAGCUGAAACCACUGAUGCCCCGGCUGAAGUCCCUGCAGCUGAAGCUAUUGAUGAAGCAGUCAAGGAGGAAGGAGCUGAGAAGGAAGGAGAGAGCGCCCUGUCUCCCUUCAGGAAGCUCUUCAGUGGAGGACUCUUCUCUAACCUGAGAAAGAAAGCCAGCAUCAAAAAGACAAAAGAUGAGGAAGACAAAGAGGCAGCUGUUGAGAAGGAAAUGGAUAAGACAGAAGAAACUGCUGCUGUUGUGGAAGAAAAGGAGGAGAAAGAUGAGGGGGAGCAAGAAACUAAGGAGGAGGCACCAGCAACUCCAGAGGAAGUGAAAUCAGAGACUACCCCAGAGCCAGAGGUCACUGUUGAAACCCCUGUCGCAGCAACUACUGAGGAGACCAAAGAAGAAGGGGAAAAGGCUGAAUCUAGUGCAGAAGAGGACAAGGCUCCAGCAGAGGUGACCUCUGAGGCUGAGCUGCUGUCAUCACAGGAGAAGGCUAAGCCCCAGGGUAGCCCACUGAAGAAGCUUUUCGCUGGAGCUGGCUUGAAGAAGCUCUCAACUAAGAAACAAAAGACCAGGAAAGACACUGAGACAAAGCUUACUGAGUCUGGGGAGCAGGCGUCUGAGCAGCUUCAAUCCUCCACGGAGUCAGCAGAGGCUCCAAAAACUGACAGUGGGCCCUCAUCUCCCGAGGAGUCAGGAGAGCAUGUUAUUGUUGUGGAGGUGACCCAGAAUGAGUCUAGCCAAGAGACUGAUGGUGAAGUUGCCUCUGAUGGAGAGAAGAAAAAAGAGGGUAUCAUUGCCUGGUCCUCCUUCAAGAAACUAGUAACACCCAAGAAGCGUGUAAAAAGGUCUUCUGAAAGCGAAGAUGAAGCCACAGGUGAGAAACCAGCAAAGUCAGCCACCCUGUCCUCUUCUGAGAGUGCCCCGUUAGCAGAUAAGAGUGUUGAGGAGGAGGAUAAGGAGGAUAAGCCAACUGAGGAAGAGCCAAAGACUGAAAACACUGAGAAACUGGUCAGCAGCACUGAGGAGCCCAAAAAGAAAAUGGACACCUCUGUCUCCUGGGAGGCUCUCAUGUGUAUGGGUGGACCCAAAAAGAGGACUAGGAGGACCUCUGAUUCUGACGAUGAGGAAACCAAGGUUGAAGAAGAGUCAACAGCAGCAGCAGUAGAAGGGGAGCAGGAGGGCAAAACUGAGGCUGCCAUUGUCAGCUCCCAAAACACAGAGAGUGAUGGAGAAUUAGUUUCCUCCACUGAACCUUUAAGCACCCCCCCUGAUAGAGAGUCCACCUGGGACACACUGAAACGCAUGGUUAUGCCAAAGAAUAAAGCCAAAAAUGAGGAAAAGCCUGAGGAGACUCCAGAACAAUCCCAGUCAGACAGUGAAGCACCAAAAGAUGAGUCGUCCUUCUCAUUGAGGAAGCUCUUCCCUGGACGCAGAAAGAAGAAGACUGAAAAACAAGCCUCUACUGAACAAGGCUCAGGUGAGGAGGACUCUGACACCCCAGCUGUGGUUCCUCUCUCAGAGUAUGAUGACCAAGUUACAGCUGAACAGGAAGCACCAGCAGAACCGGCUGAAGUCCAGAUUAAAGAAUCCGCUGAAGAUAGAUCCCCUUCCUGGAUCCCAGCCACUGUUGAAGAUGGUGAUGAUCAACAUGAUCAGCUGAGUGACAUUCCAGAGGAGGCUGAGAAUGCGGCCACGCCAAAGUCUGUUGACACUGACAUCGCAGAGGAUGAAACAGAAGACAAGGAUAUGUCCCUUAAAGCUACCAAAAGCGCAGGGCGCAGACUGUCCACGGCUGAGGUGAAGCCUGUCGCUCCAGCUCCACCUGCAAAUACUGUUCCAGUUCCUCAGGGACCCAAGCCAGAGACCGCAGAGGAGGUUAUUGAGGGCGUAGAGGCCCAAAUUAGUGAAAUUCCACCCCAGACCGAUGUAACUGUUGAAGAUGUACCAGUAGAAGUAGUUUCUGAGAAAAUCGAGUGUGAACCACCAACUGAGAAUGCAGAGUCAAAGACAAUAACUAUCCUGACGCCACACGCUCGUGACGAGGCCAUGGCUAUCUGCACUGGCCUAGACACCAAGGAGAUUGCUGAAGUAGCUCUGGAGAAACCUGUAAUGCCCAUCGUAGCAUGUGUGGCUGUGAUCCAUGAUGCUGUAAGCACAGAGGUGUCAGUGGAAGAGAAUACAGCAAGUACAGAGGCCAUUGCUACAGAAGAUCCAGUGUUCAACGCCCAAGUGCACCAAGUAGAAACCACAAAGUUUGAGCCUAUUGUUGAAAGUUCACAGGGUGGAUUAUUAGACAUUCAAGCAGCCAAGGAGAACCAUGAACCCGAGAUUGAGAGGGCUGGAAUUGUCAGCACUGUUCAGGAAGAGGCGGAAAUCAUUCAGCUUACCACCAUGAGCCAGAACUGUAUUAAUGCUGUUAUAGUCGAUCCCAUUACAACAACAUCUGAACCAGAUGUUUGCACCCAGAGCAUAGAAGUCACUGAGCCAACUAUAGAAACCAAGGAAGUGCAAAUGGAUGUGGAGCAGCUUGCUGCCACUGAAGAAAAUACUGUAAAAGAGGUAGCUCAGUAUGUGACCGAAGAGAGAGCCUCCACCGUAUGUGAAACCACAAAGCCCACCAACACAGAGGAGACUGAGCCAGCCAUCCUUGUUGUACCAAGCGAGGAGGUUUCUGUUAUCACUGAGACAAUUGUCCUUGUGGCCCCAGUCAGUGCGGCAACACCACCCAUGGCGACCAUAGAAAAUGCACCACUGUCAGAGUCAGUCCAGGUGCAGGAAACCAAGGAGGAGAAGACCGUUGAAGAGAAGAUGGAAGAAAUCAAGGAGGAUGUCCAACAGACCAGUGAAAUUGAGGCUCAGAGCAUAGUCAUUGCCCAGACUGUCAUUCAAGAUGCCAUGCAUAAAGUUUCAGAAGACACCCCUGAAUCCAAAAAGCCCACCACCCCGACACCAGUCCAGGCUGUGGCAACAACAGAGAAAGAGAUUGAAAUCACAACAAAGGGCCCUGUUAUCACUGAAACCCCUGUUGCUGUCUGCGAAAAAGCAGCACCAAAGUCACCUCAGCAGCUCUGUGUGGCCAUGGAGGUCAUUGACACAAUCCCAGUCGAGGUCACAGAGAGCAUUGAUGCCUCUGUAGAGCAGCAGAAACCAGAAGAAGGGUUGAAGAAAGCUGUGGAGGUAAACGUAAGUGAAGAAACUGUCGUAGUGGAAGAAGUGGUGGAGAUAAAGACAGCGAGUCAGAUAGGUGAGGAGCUUGAACAGGUCAAGGAAGAACAGAGCAAAGAAGACGCAGAGGUUCAGAAACCAGAUGUAAAAGAAGCAGCUGAGGAAGUGGAACCACAAUCGGAGGAAGCAAAGGCAGAGAACCCUUCAGAAGAGAACAAAGAGAAAGUGCUUGAAAUCCACAUGCCAGUCCAAAUGGUCCUGCAGACGGCACAGGUGUUUGAGGAACCAUCAGUGGAAGAAGAGUCCGUGGAAGAGUUUGCCAGCAACGGCCCUGUGGCAGAAGACACUGAGGUAAAAGCUGAGAUCGCUGCAUCUGAAAACAAACUCUCAAUGCUGUCAGAAGAACCGCAAGGGACUGCUUCAGCAGAGGUUUCCUCUCCCAGCCAAGUCACAGAGGCAGAGACACCAGAGACACCGUCGGGAAAGUGCGCAGAAGUGAUGGCGCAGGUGAUCGAAGUGAUCGAGGAGGCUGUGAAGGAGAUCGAGCCUGUGUCCACAGAGAUCACAGCGGCAUCAUGAGCAGCUGAAGAUACAAGACUGAUGCCUGGGAGACGCACUGGUUGGACCAGGAAGUAUGUGAUGAGGGAGAGAUAGAGGGAGAGAGAGAGAGAGAGAGAGAGAGAGAGAGAGAGAGAGAGAGAGAGAGAGGCUGCUCUGUGGUAACACACUGAGACUGGGCCCAUCCUGCCCAGAGAGACUGAAUGACCUCCACCUCCCCUUCCACCUGUACUCCAACCACAUUCUGCAGCCCUGUCACCCUAAUGUGACGUCCCACCGCCAUAUCCUCACCCGCUCACUCGCUCUCUCACACAAAUACACACACACACACACACACACACUAAAGCAUGUCCUGUGCCUCAGAAGCAUCCCAUCUGGCUUGUAAUCAGUGUGAUGUAAGUUCAGUGUCUCGGUGACUUUCCAUUGCUCUUGCUGCUUAAGACGAGAGUCUGCAACCUGGUCAAAUUCGUAUCUGUUCAUAUGUGGGUGUGUGUGUGCGCGCGUGUUUGAAUGUGUACAGUAGGGAGAGUGAGAUGGUGUCAGAAGGUGAAGAGAUGGAGGAUUAUUAUCUUGUAUAUUGUAUUUAUAUCUUGAGUAUUCUUUUUAUUCACCCCUAAGUCUUUAUUUUUUCAUUCUUUAUUUUUACAUUGUUGCAUUGUUGUUUUUAAAAUUCCCACAUUAAGCUGUGAUACAUCAGGUAUUCUUUAGAGCAACAUUGUGAAGGUAAAUUUAAUGGUUGAUGCAGAUAAACAUGUACAAAGUUUCUAGUGAAAUCUACCAAAACAAAUGUGAGACUGCGUAUCACAGCUUUUAAUAGUCAUAUUCAAUGAUUAUUUCAAGACUCUGUAGCAAUUAUAACUAAACCAUGGUACAAGUGUGAUUCCACUGACAGUAAGUGAUAACACUGACUGAAGAAAAACAACAAGAGGGCAGAGAGAGGAUGAUAAUAUCUACCAGAAAUGCUUUUGACACAUUCUCUUGUCACAUUGUGUUCUCACUCUGCACCCCAACAAAAUACUUAAUAAGCUCCAUGUAGAUAAGACAAACAACCGCCUGAUUUACUGUGAAAAAGUCAUUGUUACACAUUGUUUCAUGUAAAAAAAAAAAAAACAGCAACAAUAAAGUACUAUUAUAACACCAUCAUGUGGUAGAGGUAUUUGGUAAACAGUGACGUGCAAAGGAUGCGUAAGCAAAUUUUUGGCACUGGAAGAGUUUGACUGGGUAGACACCUGCAUGUAAGAAACACUUACAAAGCAUAAUGUGUCACAGUGUUCAAUAGCAAUGCUUCUACGUUAUUGUGUACUGUUUGUAUUAUUUGUGUCGCAAUUUUAGGUUGAACACCUUCCUUACUACAAUAUAUUUAUAUUUCUUGAUGAAAAGAAAUGGUAUGUAAUGCCUAUGUUGAUGCCCUCUGUGGCCUACAAAAGUAGUGCACGUUUACCCUUUGUUCUUCACUCAGCAUGAUGGCUCAGGUUCAUUAAACUGGCACUGGUUGGGGAUUUAGGUGAAAGGCACAAACACCGACUGCAUUGUACCAGAAGUAACUUAAAUCUCAUCUAACUCUUAAUUUAGAAACCAAAUCGAGUUUGGAUCAAUCAGGGAGUCAUGGUCUUUCCAUUGCUCACAGGAUCAGACAUCAGUUGUAUCCAAUUAAAUUACAAAUACAUCUACUCAGCUGCUUUGAGUUACACAUCAAACCUAAAUCACAAGGUCAAGGCUUAUUUUGCAAGUUCAUUUAUCAAAGUGGGAGAUGUUUUAAGGUGGAGGAAUAUCUGAAACAUUCCUGGGGUCCAAUUUUAGCACCAAAGUAAAAAUGUGGGUUACACUGGUAUUUGUUCAUGUCCUACCAAAUUUGGCAAAGUUGCACUGUCAAUUAUUCAGACAUCUUGAGAAUUAACUGUGAGUGCUUCUAUAAUCCAUUGAUUUCAAUUUGACUCCAGCAGCUUUAGAGGCUCACAUUUCACUCAGCUUUAUGACCAAAUGAGAGAAAGAUCAGGAAGUACGGACCACUUUUAGGUCACUACUUCCCUUUACUUUGACUCUAGAGGGUGUGUCACGUCUAUACUUGCUUUAUGUAAAAAUAAAUGAUAAAAAAAGACAGUGAGCUUAAGACUUUUGCUAUUGUUGCCUAUUGUAAAGCAUUUAGUUGGGGCAUCCGCCCACUUCAGUCCUCCCUGCUUUUUGUAACACACUUACUGUGAACCUGUUAACAUUUGUACAGAUUGUAUACCUACUGUAUGUACUUAAAAAUCAUAUUGUUGUAAUAUUAACUAAUAACCUGCAGCCAUUUAGCAUAUUCAUGUAGCAUGAUCUUAAUGGUCUUUUAUAUUUUCCAAGCUGUUAAUAGUAAGGAUAUAGAGAAACUUGUCUAUAUUUCAUUCAAUAAAGGUAGAGAAAAUUGG